GAUUUGCAUAUUGGUACACGUAUAGACAGAGCGGAACGUUGAAUAGUCAGUGCAAAGGAAAAAUCUGCCAUUCGAAGUUGCAAAAUUUACGCAAAACAAGUGAAGAAGAGUGUUUUAAGAAACCGCAAUCUUGGCGAAUAUUGUGACGUCUGUUGUUUAUAAGAUUUUCACGCAGUUUUCUUCGGAGCACUCACUGUGCAUUGAUAUUGAUUCAAACGGGAAAGUAAAUAAUUUGUCACGUACUUUCGCUUUCCUCAAAUGAUAAACCAAGUGAUUUCUAUUUUCGAGUGUUCAUAAUUUAAAAAAAAAAGGAAAAAUCGUGAAAAGUGCGACGCCAGCAUAUUGGUUUUCAUGCAGUCAAUCCAGAUUUUAGACGAAGUUUGCAAGUAAUUUUACACAAAAUUAUAACGUCAUAAUGGCAUCAACCGUCGAGCGCCCGACCCACCCGACACCCACAGCACCCAGCUUGGAAGAUCUUAACUCAGCAUCCACCUCAGCUGCCGGCAACGCUACUUUUGCAGAACCAGAAACAGCAGGGUCAACAACAACGAGCACCACCUCGGAGAGCAACUCGGAUUCAUCGAAAGGUUCGACAGAGCAACCGACCAACAGCAGCAGCAGCAGCAACAAUGAAGAGGAAAAAAAGGACGAUUCCAUGUUUGAAUGCAAUAUCUGCCUGGAUACGGCCAAGGAUGCGGUGGUCAGCAUGUGUGGCCAUCUCUUCUGCUGGCCCUGUAUACACCAGUGGAUGAACGGCUACCGGAACACGUGUCCGGUUUGCAAAUCGUCCAUCAGCAAGGAGAAAGUCAUUCCACUGUACGGACGAGGCGGAAGCAAGGAAGAUCCAAGAAAAACAGUUCCGCCGCGUCCGGCUGGACAGCGAACUGAACCGGAGCAGCCGCAAGGUUUCCAAGGCUUCACCGGAGACGGUGGCUUUCAUAUGUCAUUCGGCAUUGGUGCUUUCCCAUUUGGGUUUUUCACAUCUACUCUCAACUUUGGAGAUUUUCGCGGUAAUCCCCCACACGAAAAUACACGCGAGUUCGAUGAGGACCACUUUCUGUCGCAAAUCUUCUUGUACGUGGCAUUGGUCUUUAUGGCAUGGCUGGUUUUAGCCUAGAUGCAGCAUCGGUAAGGCAUUGAUGAAAUAUGCAAAAUUGUACAUGCGUUGUGAUAUAAAAAUUUACAAACCCGCGAAUGAAAGACGUUUUGGCAACGGUAGCAACCUCAUGAAUCAAUAUAAAAAUAUUAAAGUGGUGUUUUGGGUUUAUGAAACAAAAUAGUACACAAAAACGAUACAAGACCACAGGUCCUUUUGGGAGGUAUCGAUGAACCGACAAGGAAUGUCUAUAAUAGACAAUAGCUAGUUUUCGUCGUAUCUUAGACAUUUCUGCAAUCAGUGUACCCUGGAACCGUCGUUGAAUUGGUGGCGUUUUCACCAGAAGUUACUGUACAUUUUCCGUUUUUAUUUUAUCCGAUUUUAUCUGCCUCUAUAUUUCUAGAAACUAUGUGUAUUAAACAAAUAAAAUUAUGAAAGCAAAUCAUUUACAUGUCGCUGUAUUUUUUCUUACUAAAAGUAACUCUUAAAAAUGAGCAGUGUAAUUUAUUCGAGGACUCGUAAGUGAAGGACAUUACG